UACCCCAAGCUCUGCUCCGGGGAACGUAGCAAGGGACCUCGUGGUGAGCUUGUGUCCACGCCUGUGGCACUGGGCAGCAGCAGGACAAGCCGGCCUCUGCCCUGUGGCCAAGCAGACACUAGGAGCAGGUUGCCGAGACGCCCAGACCCCAGUCUGUCCUGCUGGGUUAAUCAUUGCCCAGUGGCCUUGACCCCUGCUGCCCUGGCCACUCUGUCCAGCCACCCUGCCCUUUGCUGGCCCAGGAGGAGCCAUGGGGCACCAGAUCUGGGUCCCCUGCCACUGCCCCCCGCCUGGGCCAUGUGUUCUCUUGCUGUUGCUGCUGCUGCUGGCAUCCGGAGGGGCCCAGCACCAGGCUGGUGGGAACCAUCCGGAGCCCCCAGAAUUCAACACCACAGCGCCCGCCGGGCCUCCCACGACUUCAGUCUCCCCUGCGUUCCCUGGGACAAAGGUGGCAUCGCAGAGCCCAGCGCCCGGCUCAGCCCAGUCCCUCGGGGCGGGGCUUACCCCCACCCCCGGGGGCACCAUCUCUGGCAGCACUGAGGGCCUAGUGCUCACGGAGGAUGGCCAGCCAUGCCGAUUCCCCUUCCGGUACGGCGGCCGUGUGCACCGCGCCUGCACGUCCGAGGGCGGCGCCCGCAGGAAGUGGUGCGCCACCACUCAUAACUAUGACCGGGACCGGGCCUGGGGCUACUGUGCACCCCCAGCCACUACGCCUCCGGGGGCCCCAGGCCCCUUGGACCCCUGUGCCUCCAGGCCCUGCCUCAAUGGGGGGUCCUGCUUCAGUGCCCAGGAUACCACGUCCUACCUGUGCUCCUGCCCGGUGGCCUUCACAGGCCAGGACUGCAGCCAAGAGAAGUGCUUCGAUGAGACGCGCUUAGAGUACCUGGAGGACGGCGAGCGCUGGGCCCACGUGCGGCAGGGUCGGGUGGAGCAGUGCGUCUGUGCCAAGGGCCAAGUGCGGUGCUCGGAUGCGUGGCACACAGCUUGCGUGAGCAGCCCCUGCCUCAACGGGGGUACGUGCCAUCUGGUCGAGGCCACGGGGACCACCGUGUGCACCUGCCCGCCGGGCUUUGCCGGCCGACUCUGCAACACCGUGCCCGCCCAGCGCUGUUUCCAGGGCAACGGGACGGAGUACCGCGGCUUGGCCAGCACCACCGCCUCGGGCCUGAGUUGCCUGGCUUGGAACUCGGACCUGCUCUUCCAGGAGCUGCACGUGGACUCUGUGAGCGCCGCAGCGUUCCUGGGCCUGGGCCCCCACGCCUACUGCCGGAACCCCGACAAGGACGAGAGGCCCUGGUGCUAUGCGAUCAAGGACAGCGUGCUCUCCUGGGAGUACUGCAACCUGGUGGCCUGUGAAACCCUGUCCAGGAACCAGCCCCCCUCCAGCCCUGGGGUGCUGCUGGCCCUACCGGAGCCCCCAGGGGGUGCGCGCAAGACCUGUGGCCGGAGGCACAAGAAGAGGACUUUCCUGCGGCCCCGAAUCAUCGGGGGCUCGGCCGCCCUGCCUGGGUCCCACCCCUGGCUGGCUGCUCUCUACAUCGGGGACAGCUUCUGUGCCGGCAGCCUCAUCCACUCGUGCUGGGUGGUGUCUGCUGCCCACUGCUUCUCCAACAGCCCCCCGAGGGAGAGCGUGUCGGUGGUCCUGGGCCAGCACUUCUUCAACCUCACGACGGACGUGACGCAGACGUUCGACAUCGAGAAGUACAUCCCGUAUCCCCGCUACUCCGUGUUCAACCCCAGCGACCACGACCUGGUCCUGGUGCGCCUGAAGAAGAGAGGGGACCGCUGCGCUGUCCGCUCACAGUUCGUGCAACCCAUCUGCCUGCCCGAGCCAGGCAGCCCUUUCCCUGCUGGACACAGGUGCCAGAUUGCCGGCUGGGGCCACAUGGAUGAGAACGUGAGUGGCUACUCCAGCUCCCUGCGGGAGGCCCUGGUCCCACUUGUCGCUGACCACAAGUGCAGCAGCCCUGAGGUGCACGGAGCAGACAUCACCCCCAACAUGCUCUGCGCUGGCUACUUUGACUGUAAGGCUGACGCCUGCCAGUGUCUCUGUCUCAGGGCGACUCGGGGGGGCCCCUGGCCUGCGAAAAAAAUGGCGUGGCCUAUCUUUAUGGCAUCAUCAGUUGGGGUGACGGCUGUGGACGCGUCAACAAGCCGGGGGUCUACACCCGUGUCGCCAAUUACGUGGACUGGAUCAACGACCGCAUGCGCCCCACUAAGCGGCCUGCAACCUCCUUUUGAGGCCCCUGGUGGGGGUCGGAUGGGAGGCCUCCUCACCCUGUUUUGCGAGCAAUAAAGAAAUCUCUAGCACCA